AUCUCCCCCUCUCUCUCUCUCUCGGCUUACAGUGUACUCCUAUCUUUCUACCACAAGCAUCAGCAGUCUCUCCAUCAGUCUCCGCGAUACGAGCGCUUCUCCGGCGCAAAGCAUGGCACCUCUGCGCCCCAAAGAGCCGCUCUCUGCCGCUGCGCACCUCUGCGUCUUUCUGUUGACCACCUCGGCCUGGAUGGCACUGCCGGGACCCGCGCUCUGUGACAGCGGGGCUUUAAACCGACGCGGCGGGCUGGACCGUACGUUUGACACGGGCGUCGGAGACGGAGGCUCCCCGCCGGGCUUCCAGAGGGACGGUGACGAGGGGAGCUCGCCCCGCUUCAGGAGAGCACUAUCCCGGGAAAAACAAAUGGCACUGCUCAGCAGCUCCUUCGUGCUCAAAGGGGAUGCGACCCACAACCAGGCGAUGGUCCACUGGACAGGAGAGAACAGCAGCGUCAUCCUGAUCCUGACCAAGUAUUACCACGCUGACUCCACCAAGGUCCUGGAGAGCUCGCUGUGGAGGUCUUCUGACUAUGGCACCACCUACACCAAACUCAACCUGAUGCCAGGGACGACCAUUGUGGUGACCAGUUUCUACAUCUGCCCGACCAACAAGAAAAAGGUAGUGCUGGUGGGCUCAUCCAUCAACGAACGGGAUCAGAUGCUGUUCAUCAGCACCGACGAAGGUUCCUCUUUCCAGCGACAGUCCAUCGCUUUCACCCCCGACACGAUCAUCUUCCACCCCAAGGAAGAGGACAAGCUCCUCGCCUACUGCAAGGAGGGCAGGAUCUUUGCUUCGACCGACCUGGGCCGCAAGUGGACUUUGCUUCAGGAGCGUGUGACCAAGGACAGAGUCUUCUGGUCUGUAUCUGGUGUGGAUGUGGACCCUGAUCUGGUGCACAUGGAAAUGCAAGAUACAAGUGGAGGUUACCUGUACGUCACGUGUCUCAUCCAGAACUGCUCAGACAAGAUGGUGACGGCUCAGUUCCUCGGCAAAAUCGACCACAAUUCGCUGUUGGUGCAGGACGACUACAUAUUUGUCAAGGUGACCACAGGGAAUCGUACCAAGCACUAUGUGUCCUAUCGGCGCAACGAGUUUGUCCAGAUGAGGUUUCCCAAGUAUGCCUUGCCAAAGGAUGUUCAGAUAGUGAGUACGGACGAGAACCAGGUCUUCCUCGCCCUCCAGGAGUGGUACCAGUCAGACACCUAUAACCUGUACCAGUCGGACCCCCAGGGUGUCUACUACUCCAUCGUGCUGGAAAAUGUUCGCAGCACCAAGCAGCCGGAGGAGAACGUCCUCAUCGACAUCCUGGAGGUGCGUGGAAUCAAAGGGGUCUUUCUGGCCAAUCAGAAGAGCAAUGGCAAAGUGACGACUCUCAUCACCUAUAACAAAGGACGAAGCUGGGAGCCCCUGGCCCCGCCUACCACUGACAUGAAUGGAAAGCCGGUUAGCUGCAAAGCACCCGAGUGUCAACUCCACCUGCACCUGCGCUGGGCCGACAACCCCUACGUGUCUGGGACUGUCCACACCAAAGACUCUGCUCCAGGUCUCAUCAUGGGAGCCGGUAACCUUGGCUCCAAGUUAGUCGAGUACAAGGAAGAGAUGUACGUCACUUCAGACUGUGGGAAGACAUGGAGACAGGUGUUUGAGGAGGAGCAUCACAUCCUGUACAUGGACCACGGUGGAGUCAUUGUUGCCAUCAAGGACACUUCUAUCCCCCUCAAGAUACUCAAGUUCAGUAUCGAUGAAGGACAGACGUGGACCGUUCACAACUUCACCAGCACCUCUGUGUUCGUUGACGGACUCCUGAGCGAGCCAGGAGACGAGACCCUGGUUAUGACCGUGUUUGGCCACAUCAGCUACAGGUCGGACUGGGAGCUGGUCAAAGUGGACUUCAGGCAGUCUUUUCCCCGUCAGUGUACAGAGUCUGACUAUGACUCCUGGCAGCUCACAGACCUGCAGGGAGAGAAGUGCAUUAUGGGCCAGGAGCGGAGUUUCAGGAAGAGAAAGGACACCGCGUUCUGCAUCAAAGGAAAGAGCUACACCUCUGCUCUCAUCACCAAACCCUGUCAAUGCACAGAGAAAGACUUCAACUGUGACUACGGUUUUGAGAGGUCCCACAAAGAGGGCGAUCGCUGCUUAUCUGACUUCUGGCAUGACCCAGACUCACCCCCUGAAGACUGCCAUCUAGGACAGACCUACGAGUCCACCACUGGCUACAGGAAGGUGAUAUCUAAUGUGUGUGAGGGGGGGCUAAACCGGCAGCAGAGUGCCAAACAGCACAACUGCCCUCUACUGCCCCCUAGAGGACUACGGAUCGGCAUCAAAGGGCAGAUGCUGGCCGUGGCACCUGGUGAUGACAUCACAUUCAUUGUCCAUCAGGAACAGGGCGACACUAGCAGCACCAAGUACCAGGUGGACCUCGGUGACGGCGUUCGGGCCAUUUACCAGAACCUGACGGUGACUGAUGAACCCAUUCAGCAUCGCUACGAAAAGCCCGGCGUCUACAAGGUCACAGUGAAGGCCGAGAAUAUGGCAGGGCACGACGAGGCCACCAUGUACAUCCAGGUCACAGCUCCUCUACAAGAAGUGCACCUGGAAGUGGUUCCCAUCGCUGGGAGAAACCAUGAGGUUAAUCUUACCGCCAUAGUUCUUCCCACUGAGGCCAACCUGACUGUCUUCUACUGGUGGAUAGGAGACAACCUGCGGCCGACGCUGACUCUGCAGAACAGCCUUCUGACUCGUUUCCCUGAGACAGGAGAGGUUUCAGUCACCGUCCAGGCUUCCAACGGCCGAUCCAUGGUGCAGGAUACCAGGACCGUCCGAGUCUACGAUAACUUCCAGGUCAUCCCUCUGAGCUUCAGCAGGAAUCUGGACCACUUCAACCCAAACAUCCCAGAGUGGAGAGAGGACAUUGGCCAGGUGGUCACCAAAAUUCUCGCCAAGAUCACAGGUGUCCCUCAGGAGUCCCUGGUUACUGUGGUGAAGCCCGGCCUCCCCACCACCGCUGACCUGUACGUUCUCCCACUGAGCAGCAAACCAGCCAAGAAGAGCAUGUUUGUAGAUAAGCGUAUUCCGGCCAUCAUGCAGGCCUUCAACGACAACAAUGUCAGCUUUGUGGUGAGAGGAGGUCUACAAGUGCUGGUGAUGCUAGCUGACCCGAAUGCAGGUCUAAUUGCUAAUGACUCAACAGCUACAGCAGCAGAGACUGGUUACCACGGAGCAGCUGGAGGUCCAGGUGUUUGGGCUCUCGCAGUCAUUUUCCUCAUUAGCAUCAUCGCCACUGGCUCUUUCAUCUUGUACAAGUUCAAAAGUCCUUGGAUUAGGACUGAGGAUGCCUAUCCUCCGCUGUUUUUCAGGAAGCUUCCAGGAAAUCGCAAUGUCUACGCCCAGAUGCACAAUGAGAAGGAGCAGGAGAUGACAAGCCCUGUCAAUCACAGCGAGGACACCCAGCACAUCAUUCAGGGCGAGGAGUUCAUUGAUGACGACCUGGACUCUCAGACUCUAGGUAACGCAGGAGGUAGCCCCGCCUUCCGUUCCCUUAUAAGGACUACCACUAACCACUGCUACUAAAACUCAAGCCACUAACACCAGCAGCUAACACACACCAAGGUAACCAUUCGGGUGUGGUCCUGAGCAUCAACUCCAGAGAGCUACACAGUUACCUUACCAGCUGAUGGCUGCCAUGACAACUCUAACAAGCUAGCCUAGCCUAGCCGGCUAACGAGCACAGGGACUCCACUUUGCCUUCCUCCUUCUCUCUCCUUUCCUUCUUUUCCACCUUGGACACUUCGCCUCCUCUCCAUGGCCUCCUCAAUCCUUCAGCUCCAACAUUGGUGAUUUAGUUUUUCCCCCUCUUUUGGGCUGAGCCUGGUGGAGGCCUUCACCUCCGUCCUUCUUCCCUACCCUCUGUCCCUUCCUGUCAGGGGAUGGGACACUCUGCUUCGCCCAAUGUGUGUCACAUCACUGCAAGCCACCCUUCCCCUCCUCAGCCCUGAAGACCUGACCCCCGGUGAGGAUGGAGAUCUGGAUGGCAUCACACCAAGCACACUCUCUCAUCGAUUUUAAAAAACAAUAUCUGUGUGUACGCUGUCGUCUCACUUGUAGACUCUCAACAUCAGCAAGCAUGACUCUGCACAGGCUUCCAGUCCUAUUCACAGUCAAAGAGGGUUGAACCUCCCAUGACCAAAAGGCCACAGCUACAUAAAGGCAGAAGUAGCUAAAGACCAGUGUGCUAAGAUAAUGAUUUCCUAACGGUAACGUGCAUUAAGGGGAUGAAGUACAAUGAAAGAAAGAUGUAUUUUUGCUCCUCCCACUCUUUAAUCCCAUUUUUGUUUCCCUCAAUUACUAGACACAGUCUCUUCAAAGGCAAUAAUAUUCUCUCAAUAGAAUGUAGGCUAUGAUAUACCCUUGUGAAUUUGCAUAUGAAGAGUGUACACAUGCAAACACAAGAGGGCGGUGUUGCACUUUGUUAAAAUCCCACUCACAGGUACUUGAGCUCAGCUCCUUCAGAAGAUAUUGUUUGUUCACACGGACGUCGUCAUUGGUCAGAGCCCCACUGCAUCCACACACUUGUUUGUUACUCACACGUUUACAGAGGUUUUGUUGUGUGGCGUUAGAAACCAGCACCACCUCCCGUAGGAGCUCAUCGUCUGUCCCGUGGUGCCUAAAACAGCAGAUGUGAAUCUGCUCUGUGACAUGUUGAGUUUAUUUAUUUCUAAUAACCGUCGGCCCCUUUCUCCUCCACCUCCUCCUUCCCACACGUUCUCGGUCAGACUUCGUUCCCCUGGAGACAAAGGUCGUCAUGGAGGGAAGGUGUAGUUGAUAUAUUUUACUGUAUCAGCCUAUAUUAGGCAUAGCCCAUGGUGGAAUUGUGUCUCCUUAAAGGUUUGGUUUGUUGUAUGUAAAUGUGUAAAUACGAACAAUCUCCACUUUGUACAUAUUCCCUUUGACGUGUGUGAGUGUUUUACACUACUACCAAAAUACACACAAGUUGUUUUUUUGACAGACCUUUUACUGAGUUUCACUAUUUCCUGUUUCCUCCACACAAUUGCCUGCUUCACAUGUAUCCAUUCUACGUACUUUCAGUGUAAUCUCAUGAGUGAGAUAAUUUGAUGGUCUUCAUUGUUAACUGGAAAUGAUUUCAUUGUCUUAUAAAGAUACUCACAACUACACAGUGGCGACUAUGAACAUGAAUAUUUUUAUACACUUGUCAUUUUCCCCAGUACGUGUAAACACCGGUGAGUGUUUUUGUUGCCUUUUGCUGAAGUCUUUUGUUGGUUUGAUUGCACUACAAUGCGAGCAGUGCCGUCAACACGUACUGGGCAGCAACUGAACAAGUCCACUCUGACUCUGAAUCCAAAAGUCUUUACAGACCAAUGCUACCACCACCACCACCAGGAUCACCCCUUGGUUCGUCUUGCACUUGAUGCAGCAGAUCACGUUCACUCGUCCUGAUUUACACCUUAAUUCAUCUUUUGUACAUAAUCUGCUCAUGUUCGACUUGUUCUUAGUUUUGUAGUGAUGUGUCGUCAUUGUAUCAAUGUCCUCUUUAACAAAGGGGAAAGUGGGAAUUAGACAUUAUACUAAAAAAGUGAAGGAGUUUCACAGAUGAUGGCACUGACCAUGUAAUUUUGACCACACUGUUUUUCUUUUAUUCUUCUCUUUCUGGCGUUUGUUUGCUCUGUUGAUUUUGCAGUUAAAUUUGAUCGUGUGUCCUCAUCAGGAAGCGUAGUGCACUGAACCUGCAUCCUGGAAUAAAUCACUCCCAUAACUUGUA